GGGCGGAUCAGUUGCCCUAGCCGCAAAAUUUGAAUUGCUCGUUCGCUGGUUGGUGGUGUUGGAGCGUCGAAACCGAUCACCAGCACGAUGAGCACAGCCGCGCAUCAACAGCGGCAUCAACAGCAGCACCAACAGCAGCACCAACAGCAGCACCAACAGCAGGAUGACGGGGCACCCAAGUUCCGGGCGCUGAGGCUGUGGGAAGGGCUGGAGGAGCGCGUACAUGCAUGCGAGACAAAGGAUAUGCGGUUUGGUCGGCGCUUCUACAAAAACUGCAUCCGCGGCAGCGACCUCGUCACCGCCGUGUUGGAGUACCUGCACGAGCAGCCGGAGGAGCGAUUCCAGCAAGCGCAGCGACCCAACGUCGAGAAGCUCUGCGGGAAGCUGUUGGACGACGGCGUGUUGGCAGUCAUCAAGGAUUCAUCCUCGUCGUCGGCAAACGGCAGCGCUCAACAACAGCAGCAGCAGCAGCGAAGCAGCCCGUUUGGGUCCGGGCGUACGAUCAAGGACUCGGACAAAACCAUCUAUCGCAUCGUGCAAAAGCAGCAGGCACAGAAGACAAAGCAUAGAGACGACGACGAUGCUGAUGGUGGUGGUGACGACAGCCAUCACCACGACAAGCAGCAACAACAACACGAUGAAAAUGACGCUGGUGGUGCAAACAAAGCAAAGCGGCACAAAGCUGAGGACUCACCGCCAAAGCUGACGUCCAAGACGAAGCUGCUCGGCAUGUCGCUACCGACCUCGUUUGGCUUCAGCAAACCUUCCCUGGGAUUCUCUUUUGGCCUGGGCGACCGCAAGGCCAAGGACAGGAAGAGGACUGGCACGCUGCCGACAAACAAGAGAAAGGAGAAGGCGAGGCGACGAAAGCGCAUGGCUGCAGCAGCGGCUGCGGCGGCAACAGGAGGUACACCUGCUUCUUCUGCGACCAAUAUUGGGUCUUACUCCAAGCAACCUUUUACCGCAAGCACCAGUGCAGUUUUCACCGGCAACAACAAUUUCGUUGCACCGCCCGCACGUGAGUUCCCAAAAGGAAUGUUUGAAGGGAAGCAGGAUCCAGUGCGCGAGCCCAUGCGAAACAACUUUAUGGGACCCGCAGUGGCUGUGCCGACCGCACGAGGCUCCACACGCCGUCGACAUGUCAUGCUGUGGAAGCAAGUGGAGGAGUACACGCUCAAGUGGGUGGCGCUGCAGUCGUACGCUGCCAUGAGCGGCCGGUCUGUGAAAGCGCUCUUGUCCGAUCCAAGCUUCGCCGAGGGGCUGCGCACAGCCGCGGCAAGCAAACCCAAAGCGCACAAACCCAUUCUUCGAAGUGACCACGCGGCGCUGUACGGCGAGGCGUUCAGCUGGCAUUCCCCCGGCUGCCCUGGCUGGCUCAAGGUUGUCACGGGGCAUCUGAACACAUACUAUCAGAAUGGUGGCGCCUUUCCUUCCGUCACUGUGUUCACUGCCAAGUUUGAGAAAAUUGUGUUCAACACAGAACAGGAGUGCAGCGAUGCCAUUCGCAAGUUCCUUGUGCGCAUGCCACAGCCACUCCUGGUGCCAUCGCUCAUGUACUUGGUGGUGGACGCCGGUGUGUCGGCGGAACGCAACCCAAGCAUAACCCCCGCGCUAUUCGGUGCCCUGGAUGCCCUCCUGCCUCGCGCCCACGCAGAAGUGCUGCGGGUGUUGUGCGACCACUGGGCGGAGUUGAGCAAGCACCGCUCCUCAAAGUUCACUCCCGCUCGCAUCGCCAAGACCAUGGCCACCCCACUGGCACACACCAUCCCCAAAGGUCGCAGCGAUGCCGUUGUCGCCUGCAUUCGAGCGCUGAUUGAGGAUCCCAACCUGCUCAAGGUCGAUGAUGCCGUGACGAAAGAAGCACGACAAGUGUCUUCCAAGUUGCACCUGCCCAUGGGAUGGGAAGACAUGUGGCCGGAGGUGUCUGUGCUGGGCGAACGCUGCGAUUCACGAACACAUGACCUGCUCGUGCAGCUACUCCUGCUUGAUCCAACGGAGCGCAGCCACCGUGACAAGGGCGGCGCUCUCCAUGCGAGGCAUGGGCAUGAACAUCAACAGGAGGACGAUGACGAAUACGGUGGCGAUGCCCACACACAUCCUGAUGACAUGCAUGACCCCGCUGGCACGAACAAGCACCACCAACGCGUUCCGUACCUGAAACCUCCCCGCUCAUCUGAAGCUGAUGGCUCUGAUGCUGAGCUGCAUUGCAAGCACGCGAACCGCACCCGCUCCCGCAGCACGUCGACAGGGUCGCGUGCAGCUGUUGGCGUGCGAAGACUCACAAGCGCUGACGCAGCAUCGCCCGUUGUGCCUGGCAUGGUCGUUGACGGCGACGCUGGUCAGGCACAUGGUGUGGAGCAGCAGAGCCAGCAGCAAUGUGAUCAGUCGACCAUCGAAUGUGGCCACCGUAACCACGGACUCGAAGACAAGCUCAACGGCAGCGGCUCAGCGGAGAUGGAGACCCCUGUCAAGCGCAGCGCCAUGCAGGCAACCACAGCAGCCACAACAGCCACAACAGCGGCCACAAAGAGGCAGGCGCCUCGGCGUCGCCACACGCACAGCACCAGCACCAGCACCAGCACCUCAGGCGCGAGCACCGGCGCAGGCCCAAGGCCAGCGGUAACAGCAGCCAGCAGUCAAGCACGCAGUCGGGGCCAACAACGCGCGCUGCUCAAGAAGCUGUCGUCAUCCACUUCGUCCACCACCAGCGUUGUUUGAAUUGUGCGCGGCAUUCCCCCCACCCCAAAGAACAAAACUUGUUGUUCCUUUUUUUUUUUCUUGGUUCUCAGAGAACCUGAUUUCAGUUUCAUCCUUGCAACCCGUUAUUUGUGUGGAAGAUUUGGCGAAUUGUCCUCUUGCCACACGUGCUUCCUGAGAAAAAUUAUCCUUGUGCGA